UGCGAGCAGACCGUGGCGCUGCUGUCGCUGCUCAAGCGCGUGAGCCAGACCCAGGCCCGCUUCCUGCAGCUCUGCCUGGAGCACUCGCUGGCCGACUGCGCCGAGCUGCACGUCCUGGAGGGAGAGGCCAACAGCCCGGCACUAAUGCCGCAAAUGCCAGCUUAAAUUGAAGAAGAAGAAGAAGAAGAAGAAGAAGAAGAAGAAGAAGAAGAAGAACAAGAACAAGAACAAGAACAAGAAGAACAAGAAGAAGAAGAAGAAGGUCCCAUCCCCACUGUGAACAGUUGUGAGCAGAGCCCUCUUCCUACGUCCACCUGCAGACUUCUGAUGUUCCUGGUGUCCAGGGCACGGCCAGGGUUGAGUGAACUAAGACGCUGAUUCCCUCCCCCCACAAAUCUAAGCUGCAUUUCCAGAUGUCUUGAGCUGGGCUCAGUUAUCUGCAUUUGAGAUAAGAUGUAAAAAGCUCAAGACUCGCGAGAACCGAGGAACUGAUACCCAGCACAAACAGGCUGUGGUCAUGGUCCUAAAAUGGAGCGUCUUCCUAAGUGUGUGACAGUCUGCUGGUGCCGACGGAGCACGCGGGCCAGCGAUGCUUGUGAUCAAAGUUAGGAAUAGAAGGUGUGUGGGCACUUCUAUUAUAGCAGCCUGGCGCUCAAGCUGGCACAGACAGGCCAGCCGGGACUCCGGCACCGGUACUUGCAGCGGUACCAGGGUAUUGGUGUGUAUAGGCAGCUUGCGCUGUGCCUUGGAUUCCCAUGUAGAUUUGGAACCGGGAGGAUAAGUGAAGGGGCGUUUGAGAAGUGAAACGCCAUUGAGUAAACAGAGGGGGUGCUGGGAGUUUGUGCCGCAGUCACACGUGUGCCUGAGCAAGCCAGGACCGCUCGCCCCUCCUAUCGCUCUCUGUGGCUGCUGCCUCUGACAUCACAAUACUCAGGUGGCCACUCAACAAUGACGAGCUGUGCCCAGCGGACAUCAGAGGAGGGAGAAAAGGAGGAGAAGGAAGUGGAGAGGGAGGAGAUGGAGCAACACCCUAUGUGAUCAUUCCACCCACGCACACAGUUUUCACGUAACACCUGCUUCAAGUGUAAUGUGCUCAGCUCCACAUAACCUGUCCAGCGCCUGUACCCUCCCCCGCAAGCACAUCACGGUAUUAGGGUCCUCUGAUCAAGAGAACUGUGCUCCUCUCGCUGCAUGUCUCGUGGUUCACCGGCACACCAGCGAGCUAAUACUUCUGCACCAGACGGCUCUCCGGAGCAGCUGUUUAGAGGAAUCAUUAACCAAUGGCAGCAGGAAUCCAAGGAUAAGGUGAUUUCCCUUCUGUUAACUCACCUGCCCUUGCUGAAGCCCGGGAACCUCGACGCAAAAGUAGAGUAUAUGAAACUGCUGCCCAAGAUCCUGGCGCACUCCAUCGAGCAUAACCAGCACAUCGAGGAGAGCAGGCAGCUGCUGUCCUAUGCUCUGAUCCACCCAGCCACGUCCCUGGAAGACCGCAGUGCUCUUGCCAUGUGGCUGAACCACUUGGAGGACCGGACGUCGAGUGGCUUCGGUAGCCAGAGCCGAGGCCGCUCCGACUCCGUGGAUUACGGACAGGCGCACUACUAUCACCAAAGACAGAACUCUGACGAUAAGCUCAAUGGGUGGCAGAACUCGCGGGAUUCCGGGGUCUGCAUCAGCGCCUCCAACUGGCAGGACAAAAGCCUGGGCUGCGAGAAUGGCCACGUCCCCCUCUACUCUUCCUCAUCUGUCCCCACCACAAUCAACACGAUUGGAACCAGCACGAGUACGAUUCUCUCAGGCCAGGCCCACCACAGCCCUUUGAAACGAUCUGUAUCCCUUACCCCACCCAUGAAUGUGCCAAACCAGCCUUUAGGACAUGGAUGGAUGUCUCAUGAGGACUUACGAGCUAGAGGACCCCAGUGCCUCCCACCCGAUCAUGCCCCCCUGUCUCCACAAAGCAGUGUAGCCUCUUCAGGAAGUGGUGGGAGUGAACACUUAGAAGAUCAGACCACUGCUCGUAACACAUUCCAAGAAGAAGGUAGUGGUAUGAAAGAUGUUCCAGCUUGGUUAAAAAGCCUCCGUCUGCACAAAUAUGCUGCACUGUUCUCGCAGAUGACAUACGAGGAAAUGAUGGCCCUCACUGAGUGUCAACUGGAGGCUCAGAAUGUUACCAAAGGCGCAAGACACAAAAUUGUAAUCAGUAUUCAGAAGCUCAAAGAGAGACAGAACCUCCUGAAGUCUUUGGAAAGGGACGUCAUCGAAGGGGGCAGCCUGCGCAUCCCCCUCCAGGAGCUGCACCAGAUGAUCCUGACACCCAUCAAGGCCUACAGCUCUCCCAGUACCACCCCUGAGGUGCGCCGCCCUGAGCCCUCGCUGAUGGGCCCGGAGAGCUCAAGCCCCGACUGCAAAGACAGCGCCACGGGGGCCACCAGUGCCACAGCCAGUGCCUCAGCUGGAGGCGCCAGCGGUGGGCUGCAACCACCCCAGCUAAGCAGCUGCGAAGGGGAGCUGGCUGUUGCCCCUCUGCCGGAGGGGGACCUCCCUGGGCAGUUCACUCGAGUCAUGGGGAAAGUAUGCACGCAGCUCUUGGUCUCCAGACCUGAUGAGGAAAAUAUAAGUUCCUAUCUACAGCUCUUAGACAAGUGCCUCAUCCAUGAGGCAUUUACAGAGACACAGAAAAAAAGAUUGUUGUCAUGGAAACAGCAGGUGCAGAAGCUCUUUCGGUCUUUCCCUCGGAAAACCCUUCUAGACAUAUCAGGAUAUCGACAGCAAAGGAAUCGUGGCUUUGGGCAGUCCAACUCCCUCCCGACAGCCAGCUCUGUGGGCGGCGGCAUAGGCAGACGGAACCCACGGCAGUACCAGAUUGCCUCUCGGAAUGUCCCUUCGGCCCGCCUUGGUCUCUUGGGCACCAGCGGAUUCGUCAGCUCCAACCAGCGCCAUGCCGCUGCCAACCCUACCAUCAUGAAACAAGGAAGACAGAACCUCUGGUUUGCCAACCCCGGCGGCAGCAACAGCAUGCCCAGCCGCACCCACAGCUCGGUGCAGAAGACCCGCUCGCUGCCCGUGCACACUUCCCCACAGAACAUGCUGAUGUUCCAGCAACCAGAAUUCCAGCUUCCUGUGACUGAACCUGACAUCAACAACAGGCUGGAGUCCCUGUGCCUCAGUAUGACGGAGCACGCUCUGGGAGACGGGGUUGACCGGACCUCCACAAUCUAGAAACUGAAGAUGAGAGUGACCGCGCUGGCCGUGAAAUCGACUGCUGCGGGCCCGGUGUCAGCCAUCUUCAGGGUUGCAUAGAUCUUCCAAGACACUUUGCAGCCUCUUUCCCCUGGUCCCUCACCCAUUUUGAUUUUGUGAGAGCGUAGGUCAUCCUUGCAAACAUAUCAGUAGACCUGGGGUUGCUUAUGUUGUCAUUUGUUUCUGUCAUGGGAUGGGACGGUAUGCAGGGUGGGGAGGGGGAUCUUGGGGCGAUGUGGGGCUGGGAGGGGGUGGAGGGCUGCUAGUGGCUUCCUGGGUGGAAAUGGAGUGGGGAAGAGUAUGGCUAGAAGAGAUGCGCAAAAGACGCACAGGAGGGACGUAGAGCCCUGCCCUGGGGAGCCUUCUGGAAAGUCUGGCUUCACAGUCAGGCUGCAGAAGACGGAGGACAUAGCAACCAGAGCAAGAUGGUGGCUGGCCUGUUUGUGUCUCCCCUGGCUGGAUUUCCCUGAGGCCCUGCUUGAAACAGCCACAAGAGAGGGCCAUAUGGCAACAAGGGCAAGAGGAAGAAAUUCCCUCCAGCAAACUUUCAGAUAAACUUUGAUUUUUGUGUAUUGUUUACAUAAGAACUUUAAAGGGUACAUAAUGUGUAGGGUUUGGAUAGAACUUCUCUUCAUACUAUGGUUUUUGUAAAAGACUUAUUGUUAUGGAUUCAUUUUGUCUCAUCUAUUUUUAUAACAGUAGCAGGGUUGUCUUUUAAAAUGGCUGCCAAGCUCUGCUUCUCGGGAAGAUGGAUGCAGCCAAAUAGGUCUCCAGUUGCCAUCUUCCCCCAUGAGGUGGGAGGAGUGUGUGGAUGGAUUUGAAGGGUAAGGAUGUGGCUGAGAUGAACACAGCACUAGGCAGGGACACAAAGAUGGUGGCGCCGUGUGAUCAGUUAUGGAUAUGCUCAUGGGUCACCCAGAGAUGAUAAAUUGUGCAGCCUCUUUCUGGGCUGGAUUUGCAUCCCACACAAGGCCUGUCUUGCUUCCCAUGCUCCCCACAGGCUCCAGCCUACCAACCCUGUUCUUACUCCACACACAUACAUGUAGGUACAAGGCCUUCUAGAGAAGGAAAGACAUGGGUAGAUGUUUCUCCUUUGCAUGAGGCCUGACACUCAGAACAUUUGCCAAAAGACUUUGCAAGAGCCCAGGUCUGGGAAAUGAAUCCACUGUCACUCAGUCUUUGCUGAAGAAGAAGGCCAAGCGGUAGUGUGGCAGAGAGCAUGCAGAGAAGCAGUAGAUCCUGGUGGUCUGGUUCCACCAUGCAAGGGGGCAAGGGGGCAGUGCAAGCAGAAGCAGGAAAGGUUAAACUCAUGAUCAAAAUGGUGGCUCUUUCCACACAUGGGAGUCAGAGGUUUGCUGUGCGGUGGGAUGAUUUAUCCAGCCAUACUCGGGGAGGAGAAAAUACACUCACAUGCAUGUUACACGGUGUGAGCUUAGCUGUGACAUCACAGGGCACGGCAUCUGCUUCUCCAGGGCAACAAAGAAGAAUGUGAUGCAGUGGAGGAUAUUAGAGGGAAACAAAAAGGAACUGUGUGCUGCCCUGGAAAAUUAGUUGUGUAAAUGAGAUGGUCUGAUGCUUAGCCAGAGGCAUGAUCUGGGAGAUAAUGUAAGGCCUGUCCUGUUUAUUAAAUGGGUGAGACUGGUGUCUCUAAAAAACAAAACAGACAAAAAACGUGAACUCUAGACCAUGCCCUGCCAAUGACUCUACCUUGCCUAUGAUUGUUAUGAAGUGCAAAGGCCUUAAUAAAAAUCCACACAACUUUGCCUGUCAAGAUUACAAAUGUACACCUAGCCCAGCCCUGGACGCUGCAACAAAGAUUUUGAAGUCCUUUUACAGACUAAAAGGCUAAGGGCACCUGAAGCAGACAGAUGGAGCUUUUAGCGAGCACAGAGGGCUUGGGUUGCACUGGGCCCCACAUCACAACAGAUUCAGGCCACUUCUCACUCGGGUGACCAGGUCUGGGAGAUGCAAAUUCAUGUACAGAAAGAGGCAGCAUGUUUAGUUACUAAAAAGUUGUUUGUUUGUUUGUUUUAACCAAGUGCCAUUAACAUUCAUCCCUCGUGUCCCUUUUCCAAACAAGCUCAGUGUUGGGGAAGGAGCUGGGAUGAAGGAUCACACGUGAGGCAGGAGAGGUUAAAAUGUCGAAGGCCAAGGUAAGGCCAGAGGGUCUGAGGAUGUGUUUGGAGGACGCUGAGGAGGUUAGCAGAGAGGAGCGAUGGGAUUCCUCGCCGUGUGGGAAGGAGAAGGGACUCGAGUCUGCUACACAAAACGCGCCGCGUGUCCUUAAAGACACGGGUGCUCAGAAACGGGAAUGUGAACACAAUCACACACGCAUGAAUCUUCUAAGAGGAAGAAGACCAUAGAGUAUAUUUGCAAAUCUGAAUUUCUAUUUAUUCCUCCAUUGACUAUAGAAGCAAUGGUUAUCUGAUUAUUAGAGAUAUUAUUUUGGAUAUGUUACUUAUUAACUCGCUAUGGCUGGUGACCAUGAUAAAGUCUGUUAGUAGUAACAACAUAAUUCUUUUUUUAAAGAAAAAAAAAAGAAAAGCUUAUUUUUCAUUGACUGUAUAGAUUUAUCUACUUAGUUGUGGUUUGCUAUGUUAGUGUUUUUUGUUUUUUUCUUUAAGUUGCGUUCUUAUGAUUUUUAAGAGCCUUUCCCCACCUUAUUUGGAGUCCUGUGUUGACUGCAGGUAAACAGCUCAAUUUAAAAAUCCUAAAGCAGAGAAACUUUAUUUAUAAAAAAGAACCAAACAGUUGCAUGCCGGAGGCUGUGAGGCCACACCUUUAGGAAUAAGCUGCAGUGCCUUUUUUUUGUAUUUACCUGUUGACCACCCCCACCCCACCCCACGCAGCUGUUUUCUAUUAAAUAGAAAAGGUUUGAAACUUUGAGGGUAAAAUCUAUUUCCCCGCGUAGGUGACCCCUCGCUCUGACUUAAGCAGCGUGUCUUCUGGACUGUCUGAGGCGCAGCGCUGGUCUACAGUAUCGUGGGUGACGUUUUAUUGGUGCUUUUUACUCAUAGCGUUUUCUUACGAGGAAACAGUAGGAAGAAACACACAAACUGUGUACGAGACACAAUACGUUGCUGCUGACGGUUUCUUUUGUGUUGUUUGUCCCCCACCCCCACCCCACACACACAUAUGCUUUUGAGUUUGACUUGUUUAAAACACAAAUCCAGCAAGCAAAGCAGAUGCCACUGGGUCUGCCUGCCAAGGGCUGCUGUUUGCACCAAGCUCUCAUCCUGGGUUGAACUGAAGGCAUCUUUCUGGUACCCAGGAGGAGAGGUGCAGCUGGGCCCCACCUCCCAUUCUUCUGAGGCGACACUGAAGGAAACCAGAGUUUCUUUUGAGGUGUCGCUGGCUGCCUUUUACAGAAUGGGAGUCUCCUCCGGGUCUUUCCUUCUUCUGUGCCUCUUGUAGCUAGUGCUGGUGAAAGGUUUGUAGAUCUGUGUACCCCAGAGCCUGGGAUGAGGGCUGAGCUAGGGAGAGGAGAAAGCGGGUUCUGUGAGGGGCCUUUCCUCUCUACCCUGAGUGGGGAAGCACCUGCCCAGGGUGCUCAGGUGUGCCUCUCACAAACAGAACCUGAAGAAGGAUACAUGCUCACGGGGCUGUGAUAACACCAGUGUUCAGUUUGUUUUUCUGUUUGUUUUCUGUUUCUUUUUUCCUUUUCUCUUUUCUUUUUUACAACUCAUCAGAGAUGUUUGCAAAGUGACUUUUUUUUUUUUUAAUCCUUUAUCUUGACUUAAAGGUGAAUGUGAUCCCUCUGGGAGGAGCAAGAAGAAAGCAGGAAUGUUAGUAAUGGUGAACGAAGACUUCCUCCCUUAUUAAUCGAUAGCCCUCACGUAUUUAUGCCUAACAUAAGCUGACUUUCAAAGAGCUUUCUUUCGUUGCAUGCCCUGUGCAAGCAUCUGUAUUGUACAUGCAUGCCUUUUGUCCUGUUUUCUUGUAUAAAGUUAGUGAACAAAGAAAUAUUUUUGCCUAGUUCAUGUUGCCAAGCAAUGCAUAUUUUUUAAAUUUGUCAUACAUGGAAAGAGCAUGUUUGUUACAUGUAAAAGCUCUACUGAUGCAGAUACACUAAUGUUUGAACAUGCUGUUCUUUGCAAGUGUACAGUUUUCAAAUGUUGUUACCAGUGACAACACCCUUGUGGUCUAAACUUGCUACAAUGUAUUUAUUAUUCAUUUCCUCCCACGGAAUUAAGAAUCAUGGCUAUAUUUCAUAUGGUUAUAUUGAGAGUGAAGGGAAAUGAUUAAUACAAGGUUUUGUAACA